AAGUGCCCGAACCCACCCCAGCCAAUCUCCGCUCCUCCUCCCGACCCAGGUGCUCCGCCUACCUAGGGCAUCCGCAUCCUCCCCUCCCCUCUAGCCCCCGCGAUCGGGACUCCCCCCGCCGGCGAGCGAUGUUGCCCCCUCCGCGCCGCGGCCCGGCGUACAAGACCAAGAUGUGCGCGCUGUGGCAGAACGGCAACUGCGACCGCGAGCUCUGCAGCUUCGCCCACGGCACGGCCGAGCUCCGCCGGCCCCCCUCCUCCCGGCCCACCUUCCCGCCCCACCACGCCGGGAGAAGAGAUUAUAGAGGUGGUGAUUUCAGAGGCAGGAUUGAAAGGAGGUUCUCACCUCGCAGGAGGCAUUCCCCUGGAAGAGAUUUCAGGGGUCAUCGUUCCCUACACGAUCGAAGGCCAACUUCUCGAGAAAGGGAGUCUAGCUUUUCACGGUCUCCCAGCAGGAAGAGUGAGAGGAGGCAUGAAAAGAAGAUGGAUGAUGGAGAAACAAACUCAUCUAAGAGUUCUCCUAUCUCUGAUAAUAAUGAUAGGAAAAAGGAAAAAGUCACUAGUGGUGACGAGAAAGAGGAUUAUGAAAAGGAGCUGAAACAAGUUAGAUCAGAUAUGGAGGCUUUGCGUGACGAUAAAUCUCAUCUCGAGAUUGUUUUGGAUGAGAAAAUGGAUGAAGUGCGCAGGAUUUCUAGCCAAGUAAGUGACCUUGAUCAGCAGCUGAGGAGGGAGAAAGAAGAAUGUCAUAGAAUGACGUCAAAAAUGAAGAAGUUCCUAAAAGCUCAUGUCCGUUUUAUGAAAGCUCGGGAGGAGUUGAAAAGGUCACAAGCUCGUUUUGAGAGACUUGGUGAUAUGCUUGCUUCAGAAAUUUUAAAGCGUGGUGCUAAUGAAGAAGCUUCCAGCGUCCAUGUUGAUGAAGAUCUAAAUGGACCUUAUGAAAGGAGUCCAAAUGCUACUCCAGCUAAAAAGCGAUCAAUCCCAUACUCAACUAGUGAUGAGGCAAAAGCUGCUAAGAAAAGAAGAGAGCGAGAGACUGAUACAUUCACUAGAUCAGAUAAAUAUAGGUCAGAAGGCGAUAUUACAGACUAUGAUAAAACAAGUAAGGGUAGUGAUGGAACAAAAUCUAUAUAUUUGAAGAAGAGACUGUGGGAAGAUGAAAAGAAUAAGCUUGGAAAUGCUGCCUCCUCUGCAGACCAGGUGAAAGAUUCUCCAGUGAAGCACGCUUUGCCCUCCACUGGUAUGGCUGCUCGUGCCUUAUAUGACCUUAACGAGGCAGUUGAACUGGAUGAUAGAAACGAACAGAUAGAUGCAUUGCUAGAAAAUGAUGCUGACGGGACUAGAUCGCCGGUACCUCCAGUGGGCCAAAAUGCCUUCGAGCAGUAUGAGGACCUCGACGAGGAAGUGGAUGUGGACGUAUAAGCCGAGCACAGAGUUGAUAUGAUAAACGACGCGAUGGCGGUGGUGCAUAAUACACCAGUUGGCUUCUGGGAGUCCGAAGACUGUUAUUAGCAUUUCCGUGUACAAAGUGGCAUCUUUUGUGUUUUUUUUAGCAUAAUAUACCUAUCUAUUUGAUAUAUAUAUAUAUAUAUAUAUAUAUAUAUAUUGGGUGUUUUUAGCUUUUUACUGAGAAUCCUCGUUUUGUAGUGGCAUCCUUUGGUGUUGAGCUGUGACUUUGUUGAUCCUGGUUGCGGCCUGCUCCGUGGAGCUAACUUAUUUUCGUGAAUGGCAACUGUCUCUUCGAUUUUGUCAGUGACGUUGCCGUGCACUAGGGAUUUCUAUGUCAUCUCGCAAGCCAAUCAGCCCAGUAA